UGCGUACAAAGGAAACUAGGAUAUGUAACCCCGGAUCUUUCCUUUUAGUUACUUUAUCUCGUCGUGACCAAUAAGUGCUUAGAUUCUGAACCCGGUAUCAAUGGACCUUGUCGUUGUUCCCUGCAACUCCUGCACUUCUCUCUACCCGCAAACGCCACUUCGACAGCGACUCUCAUCUCCUAAACGCGGCGCUUUUUCCUUCACAUGCCGACGCAAGACUACGUCAGAGCUCCAGUCGCCGGUGAGCGUUACCAGCACGAACGGUAAUCCUUUCCCUUCAAUUCCUACUCAUAAAGUCACCGUCCACGACAGAAAACAAGGUGUCGUUCACGAGUUUGUUGUUCCUGAGGACCAGUAUAUUUUACAUACGGCUGAAGCUCAAAACAUUACACUUCCAUUCGCUUGCAGGCACGGUUGCUGUACUAGCUGUGCGGUACGAGUAAAGUCUGGACAAAUAAGACAGCCUGAAGCUCUUGGGAUAUCUGCUGAACUGAAAGCAAAGGGGUAUGCGCUUCUUUGUGUGGGGUUUCCAUCUUCUGAUGUUGAAGUGGAAACACAAGAUGAGGAUGAGGUGUACUGGCUUCAAUUUGGAAGAUAUUUUGCUCGAGGACCAAUUGAACGGGAUGACUAUGCGUUGGAGCUAGCCCUGGGUGAUGAAUAAGCUGCUUACAUUUUAUCAGUUAAAGAUGAGCAUAAACCAUGUAAAGCCUGCAGCGGAUUCUUUAUCUUGUCAUUUUAUAUCAGUUGCCUUAAUUUUGCUCCUCCCCCAUAAAGUACUGUGAAUCUGUGAUUAUGACUCAGUGAAUAGUGGUCUUAACUUCUUCAAUGUGUGUUUCCCUGUGCCAAUUUAGCAUUUUCAGCAGUUCUUUUUGGCAUACUAUGAUUGAUUCUUUAGUUGUAUCUGCCAUAGUCCGUAAUAGAUCGUUUGCAUGU